UUCUAAAAAUCAAUACAAAACAUGAACAUUCCACGCAAAAUCUUUGAAAAGACUUGAAAAUGUUGUUAAAACGCAACUUGCUCGAAUCUUUAACGAUAAUUUCUAGCAGCGGCACAUUGAUAUGCAUAUUUCUUAAUUAUGUCACCAAUAUAUCGCCUUUUAAAGGCGUAUGGUUUCUGAUUUACGUUUUGUGUUUAUUUUUCUUGGCUGUACUGUUUAGUUUUAAGGCAAUUCAGUGGAUGAUACAUUUGAAUAAGCCUAUAACGUACGAUGUUGAUGGCUUAGUGCGAAAAUAUCCUUAUUUGGGGUUUUUAACUGAAAUUUUGCCAAAGCGCCCGAAGUUGGAAAAAGUUGACCCGUACAAAGAGUAUGACACGAAUGAACUUAGCGUUAUAUCCACUGUGUUGGAGCGGAAGCUUGUGUCGUCGUGGUACAUGCCGUUUGUGUCCCAGGAUAUAGGUUUCCCUUUUGCUUGUAAGCAAAUGCUGGAUCAAAUGAUCGGGAAAUCUUUUCAGAUCUGCAGUAAAAUAGAAACCAAAGAUGUGCAUGUAGAUAUAUGUUCCAUUUUAAUAACCCACCUGAAAGAGUAUAAAAAGGCUUUAAAACGUCACGAAAAAACACAGAGUAAUACCAUUGAAUAUCAUUACAAAAAAUCACACCCAAUCUUCACUAGUGCAGAUAAAAAGUAUACAUCUGCUGACCAUUGUACUAAAUUGUUACGAGUUAUUCUAAAAGAACUAAUUCCGUGGGAGUUAUGGGAUACCCCACAUUCGGAAUUAUUAGUUCGAGUCUUGGCAAAAAAAUUGGAUCAUUUCAUUGAAAACACUUUAUCAAAUCCUAUUUGGUUGAAUGAUAAACUAAUUUCUUUAUUGGAAAACAAAAUUAAUAAUACAUCUACAAAUGUGAAAGAUGUAGAUAAACCAAAAGAAGAAACAAAUAAUUCAUCCAAGCCAGUCAUUAAAACAGAAGAAACAAAUGUGGAACAAGAAGUGCAAGAAAUAAAAACAGAAGUAGCUGAACCAAUGGAAAUAAUUAAUGACAUAGACGUACCAAAAGUGGAAACAACCACAAUAGAAUCUGCAUUAUCAACCUUAAUAACUAAAAGUACAGCACCAAUAUUGCAAAGGCCUAUAAAUGAAAUGUUUGAUGUAUCCAUGAAUGGUGAGGAAGUAGAAGAAAUAGUUGAUGGAACAGAGCUGGCCAAAAGUGAACCAGUUGAUAUAAAAACGUCCCCAGUGAUGAGACAACGCAGAGGGAGGCAGGGAAGGAAUGAAGUUAAGAUUUAUGAUAGAAUUAUUGAAGGUAGUGUAAAAACGUGGGAGACGGACAUAGACCUACAGUGCAUCAGCCUAGGUCAAGAUUUACUAGCCACUCUGGAUGGCGAGAUCACGCUCAGUCGCCUCUGGGGGCAAGAGCAUGACACAGAUAAAAACCCACCCCUGUGGUUUGGUGAAGAAGACAGCCUCGAAAUGGAACUACAGGAUAGCAAGGAACCCAGUCCAGUGAAGAAAGAGCUCAGUCCAAAGCCAGUGGAGCUGCUGAAAGACCUUCAGACCACAGUGCACCAGGCCAAGACAAAGAUAGGCGACCUACAGGUCCCCAUACAUGAGAUAGAUGUACCCCGCAACAAUGACGAGGCAGCUGGCAUGAUGGAAGGUCUUUUAGAUUUCGGCAUAGCGGGACUCAAGAAAGGCCUUCGGUUCACCGGCCUUGGCGAUGACAAUCAGGAAAAAUCUCCAUCUCAUUUCAAGGAGAAAGACAAGAGUCUGGACAAGGUACAAGAAAGAUUUCAAGACGCCAACAAAAAUAAACCUACAUUAGCGGAAGUUGAAGAAAACGCGGCUCUUAUUGAUCAGACAGAGGAGGUGAACAGUGGUAACAGCAUGCCGCAUCUGGUGAAGCAGCAGCGCGUCGCGUCCCAGGACAGCGUCUUGCAGCAGCGCAUGGCGUCGCAGGAAAGCGUGGCGUCGCAACCGCGGCCAAUUGUAAGAGACGAAUUCCCCCCGCCACCGAUCCCCCUGUCUGACUCUCCGGAGCCGGAGUACGAGGAGGCCGCAGACUUGUCUACCAGCAUCGCCAAGCUGCGAAGCCUUCUACAGCAGCGGGCAGAAACCAGUCCGAACAGAUCCGAGGAGGUGUGGUGGGAAAGCGCGGAGGAGACCCGCGGUCGCACGCAGCAUCAUAGAUCUUCGAAACCUGUCGACACUGCCACGCUUGCUGACGAAUAUGACAUGAGCACCGAUCGUAAUACCUCGCCAAAUCAAGCGUCAAACAACAUGCAAAGGCUCGAUAAGUUGUUCCACCGCACAGUCACCGGCGUGUUCAACUCGCUCAAGACGGCCGUGGGGGCGGAGGGGGACGAGGGGGGCGGCGACGGCGGCGACCAGGAGUGGACAUACGUGUGCACCUCUCUCGAGCUUAGCGUGGGCGGCGCGGUGUCGCGGCUGGUGGGGUCGCGGCGCGCCUUCGGGCACGUGGACGCGGCGCUGGACUCGCUGCGCCACAUCGCGCCGCCGCCGGCGCCCGCGCAGCCGCCGCCGGAGGACUUCGAGGAGUGGUGCGCGGCGCUGGGGCUGCGCUGGUGCGCGUGCGCCGAGGCGGGCAGCGCCGCGGGGCUGUGCGCCUCGCACCUGGCCUACCGCGGCGCCACGCUGCUGCUCGCCGAUUUUGCGGAAUCCUUAAUAAGCCAGCAGCUGCAAGGCGUUGGUCCGUGGCUGCGCGCGCAGGUGUUCGCGGCGUUCGAGAAGAUGCACGACGAAGAUAACUCUACUGCGCCCACGCAGCUGAGGGACUUUGACAUUGACGAAACGUGUAAUGUUAUAAUGGAGAAACUGGCCAACUUGCCAGUUCCAAUGCAAAACAUCGUCGGUGAAGAAACCCUGUCAUCUUCCGUGCGUCUGAUAAUCUGUAGUCUGAGCCACCAAGAGCUGAACAAGGAGCUGACGUGCCGGUUGCUCGACAUGGCUACGCUGCAUUUUCACAAGGCUGCAGGCUUGAGAAACCCGUCCUUUGAUACUAAUUAAAGUGGAACAGUCCUUACAGUCGUUACAGUGCCACAAGCUCACAUGAGUGCGUAAAGGGUUAUUUGUACAAUACUAACAACCAUAUACUGACUUCGGAAGAAAUAAAGGCACAAGUAGCAAAUUCUAAAAUCGGUGAUAAAUAUGUUUAAAUAUUUGCAAGGUAUUGAAAUUUUUAUUGAAUUGAUAUUCAAUUAUUUUUUGUGACGAGCCGACGUCUUCUAGCAUGCCAU